AUGGUCGCCGUGGUCGGCUCUCUCAUGGUACUGCUUCUGGCUCAGGUGUUGAUGGAAGGCGCGACGGGACUCAUCCCCGAGGUGGGCCGAAGGCGGUACAGCGAGUCGGGCCGACACAGCCCGCAGGAGUCGUCUGGCGUACUCCACGAAUUCGAGUUACGACUCUUGAGUAUGUUCGGCCUGAAACGCAGGCCGUCGCCCGGCAAGAACGCGGUGGUACCGCAAUACAUGGUGGACCUGUACCGCAUGCACUCCGCCAAUGGCGACCACAGCACCCGGCGGCCCAAAAGCAUGGGGAGACACGCCGAGAGGGCAGCCAGCGAGGCCAACACGAUUAGAAGCUUUCACCACGAAGAGUCUAUGGAGGCCCUGGCCAGCCUAAAAGGCAAAACAACCCAACAAUUCUACUUCAACCUCACUUCCGUCCCCGAGGAGGAGCGCAUCACCUCGGCGGAGCUUCGCAUCUACAGGGACCAAGUCAGAGGAGUCCCCGGCAACAGCUCUGCGAACUUCAGCUCGGCAGCCUCCGGCUUCCAUCGCAUCAACAUUUACGAGAUAUUCGGUGCGCCCAAAACUGGCAGUGGUGAGCCUCUGGUUCGCUUGCUAGACACCCGCCUGGUGCAGGACUCUUUUAGCCGGUGGGAGAGCUUUGACGUCAGCCCCGCCGUGUCUCAGUGGACAUCCGGGAACGGCCACAACCACGGCUUCCUGGUGGAGGUGCACCACCCGAAGGACUCAAAGGCGAACGAUGAGCACGCCCAGAGACGCGGCCGGCACGUGCGGGUCAGCCGGUCUCUGCACCAGGACCAGGACUCUUGGCCUCAAGCCAGGCCUCUGCUAGUGACGUACGGCCACGACGGGCGCGGGGACUCGGUGCUGCACACUCGGGAAAAGCGCCAGGCCACGCUACGCAAACAGAGGCGGAAGCACCAGCACAAGUCCAGCUGCAAAAGGCACGCCCUGUACGUGGACUUCAGUGAUGUGGGCUGGAACGAGUGGAUAGUGGCGCCCCCCGGCUACCACGCCUUUUACUGCCAAGGGGAAUGUCCCUUCCCCUUGGCGGACCACCUCAAUUCCACCAAUCACGCUAUUGUGCAAACGCUGGUCAACUCUGUGAACUCAAACAUCCCCAAAGCGUGUUGCGUGCCCACCGACCUGAGCCCCAUCUCCCUGCUUUACCUGGACGAAUACGAAAAGGUCAUUCUUAAAAACUACCAAGACAUGGUGGUAGAGGGAUGCGGCUGCCGGUGA